AUGGCGCCGGGGGCGCGCCGCCGCCAAUCCGGCGAUCGCACCAUCGUGACGGCAGGUGGCGGGGCGGGGCCGGCCGGGGCGGGUGACGUAAUCGGCUGUAAACAAAUAGAGCCGGGGGCGCGCGCGGGGGGGUGGGUCAGCGCAAGAGGCCGCGUGCCCGCGCGAGGGCCUCCGCGCGCCGGGGCGCGCGCCCGCACUGCGGGCAGCCGCGUGCGCCAGGGCCGGGGCGCGCGCGCCAGUGCGCGGCGUCCCCGCGCGGAUUUCCGCGCGCGGCGGCGCGGGCAGGGCGCGGCGCGCGGCGCCGGCCGGCGGCGGGGCCGCGCGGGGAGCCGCGCGAGCGCGGCCGCGCGCUGUCUCCGGGGAGCGCGGAGCCACGUCAGCGGCGGGGGCGGCGGCCGCGUCAGCGCGCCGGGACCGCCCCACGCAAGGGCGGCCGCAGCAGCGCGGCGGCGUGGGCGCUCCCGGAGCCGUGAGCCGGUGAUCGGUUGUGCCCGCGGGCGGCGGAGGCGGCGCGUCUGCGCGUCCUUGCCUUUUCCCGGAGCGCAGGGGUGCGCCGCUGGCACCACGCAGUGCCCGGCGGUCCGGGAGCCGAGCGCGGCGCUCCCUCACGCUUGUGAGCCGUGGCCUUCAGACCGCGGCCACGCCGGGGUCUCCGGCCGGGGACCUCAGCGCAGAGCGAAGCCUUUCCCGGGCAUUCGGCGGCCCCGGGCCCUUGUGCCCGAGCACGGCGAAGUCUUCUCACAGGCCGCGAGCCGGGCCUCGGCUCGGGCUCUCCGCGGACAUCCCAAAACACCGCGUCUGGCCCUGCGCGCCCCCCAUCGCACUGAGCUGUUGUCCCAGAUGUGAUGAAGAAACCUCAAUAACUUACUUUCCUG